AUGCCGGCAACUCGGUACAUUUUUGUUUCCCUGCCUCUCAGGAUCUUUGACGACGACCCACUGUCCGCAUUGAGCGCCACGGUCGGUCGCGAGAAUGGCGAGAUGCUACCUUUUCCUGUGCCAUCAUUCAAAAUUGGCACCCUGGACGCUCUAGUUCAACAUGCGGAUGAUCUCUCAAAGCUGAGCUCGGGAUGCGACGCUGUCGUUUCCAAGGUUGCCGACUCUUUAAGGGCCAUUCUAGACGGAGACGAAAACAAGGCUGCAGAGCACAAGGUGGUCAAUGACAAGCCGACGGAUCAGUACAUGUGCAGUUUCCAGUGGAACACGGCCAGAUAUCGAGUUGAGCGCCCGUUGGGGGAACUCAUAGAUAACCUGCGGAAAGGGCUGCAAAACCUCGACGACGAUCUGAAGGGAAAAUUCAACCAGUACAAUAGUGUCAAAGCCAACCUUGCUGCGUUGCAGAGGAGGCAGACGGGAAAUCUCGCGACCAAAUCCCUUACACCUAUCGUUGACCCAAGGCUGCUCGUGCAGGACUCCGAGUACCUAGAGACACAUUUAGUCGUGGUCCCUACAAAUGCGCGCAAAGAUUUUCUCAAGAGCUACGAAACCAUUGCGCCAAUGGUUGUUCCUCGGUCCUCGGUCCAGGUUGCUCAAGACGACGAGUUUACGCUGUUUGCGGUUACCACGUUCAAAAAACACAGCAUCGAGUUCCUCCAGAAGUGUCGGGAGCAGAAAUGGACACCUCGACAAUAUAAAUAUGUCCAAGGCGGCAAGGAAGAAGAGCAGCGCGAGCUUGACCGCGUCGUUAAGGACGAGAAAAAAAUACGGGAGGAAGCUCUAUUAUUAGGAAGAACCAGCUGGAGCGAGAGCGUCAUGAUCUGGGCUCAUGUCAUGACGCUUCGCGUAUUUGUGGAGACGGUGCUGAGAUAUGGCCUACCUCUAGAGUUCGUGAGCGCUCUUAUCAAGACAACACCAAAGCAGGCAAUAAAAGUGAAGGCAUCCCUAGACUCGACGUAUUCGUACCUUGGAGGUAACGCAUUUGGGAGGGACAAGCGAGGGCGUGUCACUAAAGACGACGCGAGUUUGACAUCCGAGAUGGCUGCUGCGGGCUUGAGCGCGGGCGAAGGCAGCGAAUACACGGCAUAUGUGUACUAUGAACUAGAAUUUCCUUAG